GAGCAAAGCCGCAAAGCGUCCGUACUUUUCGUAUCGAUUGCAGGAAAUUAUUUGUGGUUCUUUGCAUUUACAAAUUGUUAUUAAUCAGUCUACUCUUGCUAACAUGGCCGGGCUGGAAUCGAUGAUCGUGGAGGACAAAUCGCAACAGGCGCAGAAAGCUGUGGAUCGGGAAAAGACGUGUCCGCUGCUGCUGCGCGUGUUCUGCUCAACCGGCCGGCACCACUCGGCUUCCGAGUACAACCACGGCAACGUGCCGACAAACGAGCUGCAGAUCUACACCUGGAUGGACGCGACGCUGCGCGAGCUGACCACGCUGGUGCGGGACGUGAACCCGGAGACGCGCCGCAAGGGAACCUACUUUGACUUUGCCAUCGUAUCGCCGGACCGCUCGUCCAUGUACCGGAUGCGCGAAAUCGGCGUGACCUGUUCGGGGCAGAAGGGCGCGGACGACACCAAGACGCUGGGCCACGCAAAGUUCACCAUCGGAGACUACAUGGACAUUAACAUCACCCCGCCGAACCGGAUGCCACCGCCGCGCCGUCCGAGGCCCUACUAGGGACGCGCGAACAGGCCCGGGGGUGGCGCUGUUGGCAACGGCAGGGGCCGCGGGUCGUGGUAAGACGAACAACUCAUCGAUGCAUUUGGAAUAGGAAUCGUAAGUCUUUAACGAAUAAUUUCAAUACUUGUACUGGCAACCCGCCAAGAAUACCCUUCAACAAUACCACAUACUAUGAAAUGAAACUAUUUGCUAAUA